UAAAAGCAGAAAAAAGACUUUCCAUAUUUGUAGUACAUUAAUAGUGCUUCCCGAGAGAGGCUUGGCAAUUAGGAAGAAGCUCGAAAACUGACCGUGUGUCAUGAAGAAGAACUCUGGUUCUUCCCAGAAACUGGGUUCAUUUCUAAGCCCAGGAGCACCAAACUAUAGAGAAAAAAGCCUUGGAAGCCAAAAGGGAUGGAGCUCAGAGAGAGUGUUGCAGCCAGAAAAAAGUAGCAGAAGACAAGCUUGUUUAACUGCCUUGACACCCUUCAACAGUGGAAGAACAAUGCCAUCUAAAUGGGAUGAUGCUGAGAGGUGGAUUUGUAGCCCUCUUUCAGGCUAUGCCAAUAACAAGAGUUCCUAUGCUCAACUUCAACGGCGACCCAAAUCAAAAAGUGGUCCAAUUGUGCCUCCUGGAACAACGUACUGCUCAAAUUAUUCACCUACAAUACCACUGCCACAAGGUUUGGUAGUGAAAAACUUAAUGGUGGGUUCCCCUUUUACAACAGGAGUAUUGAAACCGGAUGCUCUUUCUCUUCACCAUUAUUGUGCACAUGACACUGUUUUUGGUCCCCGUUAUGACAUUGACAAUGGGAUACAAUGUUCUAGUCCUGUGCCAAACGAGAAUGGUGUGGCUCUCCCAUCAAUGUCUAGUGCACCCCUGUGGUCAGAACUGCUGUGUGACCCAUCUUCCCCUAAUUCUCAAGAUGACAAACGUGAUGGGACUAAGAAUGAGGACACUUCAAUAUCUCCUUUCUCAAAACGUGAUAGAGGUACCCAAAUGAGCCCUCCUGAGACUGAGAAUGAUGCACACUCAUCUCCAAAAUCCUCCGCCAGUUCUACCAUGGACCAAAAAAGUUGCCACUCUACAAAGUUAGAGGUCAGAGAUGUGCAGGUAGACAGUCAGACUACAGUUAUUAGGUGGUCCAAGAGUAAUGCAACCAAGAUGAACUUGCUAAAUGGUAAAGACUUGAAGAAAAGUAGCACGGAAACCCAAGCUUCAGAUUUGGACAUUUCCAAGUUUCAGAGAGAGGAAGCCAAAAUCAUUGCAUGGGAGGGUUUGCAGAAAGCAAAGGCUGAAGCUGCUAUACGAAAACUAGAGAUGGAAUUGGAAAAGAAGAGAUCGUCAUCAAUGGAUAAGAUUCUAAACAAGCUGAGAAGGGCGCAGAUAAAAGCUGAAAAGAUGAGAAGCUUAAUACCUGUACAACAGGGCCAGCAAGUUUCCAAGACUAGGAAAAUAUUUUCAUUCCCCAAAUAUGUCCAGGUAUGGUCUCCAAGCAAGUGCUUUAGCAGUCAUGCUUCAUGAUCGAUCCCAUGUACUACACGCCCGAAAAUCAUAAAGUUUUUGUCCAGGUAUACUCAAUAGGAAUAUCAUGUUUCAAUUCAUAGGCCCUUAUUGUUUUGGCCUUCUGCACUUUCCAUUAAUAUGUGAAUUGUGAAUACAUCAUUUGUCUUAAUGCCAUUUUAUGUAUUUGGCAUAUGUAUGCAUCAUGAAUAAAGCCUCCCCGUUAUGUCUCGAGAUUUGUUAUUUGUAUCUAAAUCGGGAAGAUUUCUUGAUACGAACUCUAAUCCGUGCUGCUAGUGAUUCGGA